GGACUUGAUCCGCGUCGCGCACCUAAAAAUGGUGAGUGAGUCUCUCAGCGAAGACUGCUACAUCCAUAAGGAGAAAAAUUCAGACAAAGAGAAUAUGAAUAUAGAAUUCUUGGCAGAAGGUGCAAUUCAGCCCCUCUACGUCCAUUGUUGUGGCACAUCAGCCCCUCUACCUAAAAGUAGAGCAAAUCAGCCCCUCCACUUGACAAAACCCGCAAAUCAGCCCUUCUGCUGACGAUGACCUCAUCAAAUGUCAUCUUUCCAUCCACAUCCUUGUUACUUCGUUACCAAUAAAUGGCUUGGUGCUGAUAUGGCAUUGGGUAGGUGAUGUGGUCAAUUUAAACUGUAAAAUUACUAAAGAAUCUUUAUCUACUUCCUUUUCUCCCAUUCAUCUUCUCUCUCCUCCUUUACAUUCUCUCUCUUCAUAUUGCAGAUUUAUUUCUUCUUUUUUUUCAAUAGUUUAAAUUGAAAUUUUUUUAAGAUAAAUUUAAACUUUAAAA